UAUUUUUCCCAAAAGAAAAAUUCAUCUGAGAAAAAUUAACAAAGGGCCGACGACGAAGAAGCUUCGGAGAAUGCCGUCACCACCGACGACGACGUCUCUCUCGGUGACGCAGACCAUAAACGGAUCCCACAGCUUCACGAUCAAAGGCUACUCUCUCGCCAAAGGAAUCGGGAUCGGGAAACACAUCGCCAGCGACACUUUCACCGUCGGCGGGUACGAGUGGGCUAUCUACUUCUACCCCGACGGCAAGAACCCCGAGGAUAACUCCGCCUACGUCUCCGUCUUCAUCGCGUUGGCUAGCGACGGGACCGAUGUUAGGGCGUUGUUCGAGCUGUCGUUGCUGGAUCAGAGUGGGAAAGGGAAGCAUAAGGUUCAUAGUCAUUUUGAUCGUGCGCUUGAGAGUGGGCCUUAUACUCUCAAGUAUCGUGGUAGCAUGUGGGGAUACAAACGCUUUUUUAGAAGAACUCUGCUGGAAGCAUCUGAUUAUCUCAAGGACGAUUGUCUGAAGAUUAACUGCACCGUGGGAGUUGUGGUCUCAGAGAUAGACUGCCCACGCUUACAUUCUAUUCACGUCCCUGCGUCUGAUAUUGGAUCUCAUUUCGGAAUGCUUCUCGAGAACGAGGACGGUUCAGAUAUAACCUUUAACGUCUCCGGUGAAAAGUUCCGUGCUCACAGGUUGGUUCUUGCUGCUCGGUCUCCCGUCUUUGAAAGCGAGUUUCUCGAUGUUAUGGGUGAAGAAGAGGAGGAGCGUGAUGUCGAAGUUACCGACAUGGAACCAAAGGUUUUCAAGGCUUUGCUUCAUUACAUAUACAAGGAUGCUCUCAUCGAAGAUGCGGAGUCAGCAUCCUCUUCUGGUUCUUCUGUUGGUCCAUUAGCGUCAGAUACAUUAGCUGCGAAGCUGUUAGGAGCCGCUGAUAAAUACAAGUUGCCUAGACUGAGCUUAAUGUGCGAGUCUGUGCUCUGCAAGGAUAUCUCAGUAGACUCCGUCGCUAAUAUCUUAGCUCUUGCUGACCGUUACAAUGCUUCUGCCUUGAAAUCCGUUUGUCUGAAAUUCGCAGCGGAGAAUCUCAUCGCUGUGAUGAGGUCAGAUGGGUUUGACUAUUUGAGGGAACACUGCCCAUCACUUCAGUCUGAGCUUCUGAAAACAGUUGCGGGGUGUGAAGAGGAGCUAAGCGGAGGAGCAGGAGGAGGAGGGAAGACGAGAAGCGUGUGGGGGCAAUUCUCAGACGGUGGAGCUGAUACAAACAGGCAACAACAGACAUGGGGAGAGGUCAACGGAGCAGAGAGAAGCCAGAGUGUUUGGGUUCAAGUUGUGAACGCUAAUGCAAACGGUAGAAACAAUGAUGAUGAUGAUGAUGACAACAACGAGAACGGUGAUGACGAUGACCCCAUGGCAGAAGAUUGAGCAAAUAAAAAGAGUAAUAAAUUUCCAAAAGGAGAAUCCAAGGACCAGAUCAGAGAUUGGUGUUGAGAUGUUUGUUUGUCUUGCGUCGUCUUAUAUGUCGUGUAAUAAUUGGAGUCACUUUGAUAAACUAAACAAACUCAUCAUCAAAUAUUACUAAGAAUCUGUUAAUUUGAACGACAUUU